AUGGUUGAGUUAUAUUCAGACUACUUGGGACUUCCUUCGACAGACCCAUCUCGGUGGAGGCUGAAUUGUACUUCUCUGGGUGAAACGUCAUGGAAAUAUAUCAGUGAGGCGGACUCCAAGAAGAUUCCACAGUGUAACUGUACAAAAUGGUUGCUAAAUGCGGAUAAUUUUUCGACACCUGAGCCAGAUGUUGGGAAUGGUGAUGCCAACUUCAAGGCUUACAACGCUGCUUACAAUGGUGCUAGUUUUUUGAAGCUUUUACAAAACCAAGAUUCAGGGACGUUUCCUAACCAGUAUAAAGGACCUAUGUUUAUGACUAUAUGUUAUGUUGGUUCUAUGUAUGUUGGACGGAAGGAGAUCCCAGAGUGUGAGAAGAUUGAGAUAAUAAGAUAUAUUGUUAACACUGCCCAUCCAGUUGAUGGUGGGUGGGGGUUACAUACUACGGGCAAAUCGACUGUUUUUGGCACUGUGUUAAAUUAUAUCGUUUUACGGUUGCUGGGAAUGUCCAAGGAUCAUGUUGUGUGCAGAAGGGCCAGAUCUACGUUGCAUAGAUUGGGGGGGGCGAUUGGUGCUCCUCAUUGGGGAAAGAUCUGGUUAUCAAUUCUUAAUCUGUACAAGUGGGAAGGUGUCAACCCAGCUCCAGCAGAGUUCUGGACACUACCUUACAUUGUUCCAAUACAUCCUGCCCGCUGGUGGAUUCAUACUAGGGCGAUAUACCUUCCAAUGAGCUAUUUAUGUGGUAUUUCUUACGCUUGCGAAUUAACUCCUUUGCUUCAGGAAAUUAGAAAUGAGAUUUAUACCACAAAUUUCGAUGAAAUUCAAUUUUCGAAGCACAGAAAUACUGUAUGCCAAGUGGAUUUAUACUUUCCACACUCAACGAUAUUAAAUGUGAUAAAUUCUGCGAUUGUAUGGUAUCAAAAUUAUCUGAGACCCGAUUGGCUUGUAAAAUAUAGCAAUAAGAAGGUUUAUGAAUUGAUUCGGAAGGAGAUUGUGAACACUGAGUACUUGUGCGUUGCGCCAGUGAGCGCUGCAUUCUGUUCAAUUGUUACCUGUAUAGAAGAGGGCGCUGAUUCUCCUGAGUUUGAAAGAUUAAUGGAAGCAUUUGCAGGAAAUGUGUUCCAUGGUCCACAAGGUAUGACUGUUAUGGGGACCAACGGUUCUCAGGUUUGGGACUGUUCUUUUUUUGUGCAGUAUUUGUUUAUGGCUAAUCUUGCUGAACUACCAGAAUUUCAAGAUGCUGUUACUAAUGCCUAUAAGUUCUUAUGUCGUUCUCAGUUUACACAUGAAUGUGUUUCUGGCAGUUAUAGGGAUAAGCGUGUUGGUGGUUGGCCAUUUUCCACAAAAACCCAAGGAUAUACAGUGUCUGAUUGUACAGCUGAAGCAUUAAAGGCGGUUAUAAUGGUAAAGCGCUCCCCUGUUUUUGCUGCUAUCCAUGAUGAAAUAUCGGAAGAAGCAUUACAAAAGGCCAUUGAUGUCUUGUUGAGCUUGCAGAAUGUUGGCUCAAUUGAAUAUGGCUCCUUUGCAACAUACGAAAAAAUUAGGGCUCCCUUAAUAAUGGAGAAGUUGAACCCGGCUGAAGUGUUUGAGAAUAUUAUGGUUGAAUAUCCCUAUGUUGAGUGCACGGAUUCUUGUAUUUUAGGUUUGACUUAUUUCAGUGAGUAUUAUGACUAUCGUAAGGAUGAUAUUGAUCAUUCGGUGAAAAUUGCUGCAGAUUACAUUAAAAAGGUUCAAGGCAAGGACGGAUCGUGGUACGGUUGUUGGGGUAUCUGUUAUACCUAUGCAGGUAUGUUUGCACUAGAGGCAUUAUAUACUAUUGGAGAGAACUAUGAAAACUCUGAGGUGGUUCGUAGAGGUUGUGAUUUCUUAGUUAAAAAGCAAUUAUCUGAUGGCGGAUGGAGUGAAUCAAUCAAGUCCGCAGAGUUAAUGUGCUAUAUAAAUGAUGAUAAAGGUUCUCUUGUUGUCCCGACUUCAUGGGCUCUAAUAGGCCUGUUGCUAGCGGACUAUCCGGAUAAAGAAGUAAUUGACCGUGGUAUCCAAUUACUUAAAUCCCGGCAAUUAAGGUCUGGAGAAUGGAAAUUCGAACAAAUUGAAGGUAUUUUCAACCACUCAUGUGCCAUCGAAUACCCUACAUAUCGUUUCCUAUUCCCUAUUAAGGCUUUAGGAAUUUAUGCAAAAAAAUAUGGUAAGAGAGCUAUAUAA